AUGGUGAAUGUAACCUGUAACUGGACGAUGCAUGCUUUUCUGCAACGAGAGGUGUUUGCUGUCAGAUUCGAAACACUCUCAGCUCGACAUCUCAAUGAGAAGCACGAAUCGGGAAUGCCGAGGUCAGUGACGCUCAACAAUCACGAAUCGUCAACGAUGACCGUCUGUGGCGUUGUUCUUGCCAAACUUUGGCGAAUUAGUUGUCAACUCCGCACUUGUCAACUCCGCUCGGCCUUGUGGGUGCAUCUUGAUUUUCCUUCGGAUCGACGCCGUAAUCAAUCAGGCGCUUCGUCUCAGCCACAAGCAGCAAAGUAUCGUCCCUUCGAUUCACUGUUACUUGUUCCCGUAGCAUCGCAAGCACAGCAAGGCGAGGGCCAAGCUCAGAGACAGACGACGCACAGAGCUAGCAAGACAGCGCUCCGGGCUAAUCCGUCGUCGAUCCUUCUUGAUGAGCAAACGACGACACACGGUGGCGCGACACAGAUUGAUCUUGAAACUGCCUACACCACUUUGGGUUCACGAACCACUUGGUCAUGCUUCGAAACUAUAAGAACCUCGGUUGCGGAAUCCUCCUUAGACAUCCAAAUCUAA